AUGCCAGUCUUACGACCACGCAAAUUAAAGCCUGAAACGGCCCCUACCUCAACUGCGGGACCGAGCCAAUCUCUUCGUCCACGGAAGCAUCUAUCAAAGAUUCCAGGCGGUAUACCUGACAUCAACAAACGUUCCCGUAGACGCAAAGGGGAUGAAACAUUCUCCCCUGUUAUGUACCCAAGUCCCAGGAUUCCUCUCGAAUUGUGGACAAUGGUGUUCAGAGAGUUGGAGAAGUAUUCUGACUUGGCGAAUGCCAGCCGUCUAUGCCGUAUCUUGCAAGCGGAAGCGGAGUCUGUUCUAUACCGCGAGGUCGUCUUGGAACGCGUCCCUCAUGUUCGGCGAUUCGCGCGUGCCCUGGCUUCGAAUCCUCAUCGCGCGAAUGCCGUUCGCGUCCUGUACAUGUUCGAUAAUGGCCAUUUUAAGAAUGUCCCGGAUAUCAUCAACAGGAUCCUCGAGUCAGUGAAGAAUUUGAAACACCUACAGAUAUACGUCCAUUUUGACCAGGAAGAAUCUCUCCUCAGCGAUCUCCAUGAACAGUUGAAGAAGUGUACUUUCGAACUUCAGCGGUUUGGCUCUAACCUCGACUUCCUACCGGACCUUUUCGAGUUUCUCGCUGGUCAGCCAGGGAUCGAGCGGCUGAGCUCGAAGCCGGGAUCUUGGUGUGAGUCAAAAGCCGAGAUGCCCGCUGAAUUUCUACCUCGUCUCAAGAUUCUGAGCGCCAACAUGACGGCCAUGCCGGUAUUUGUGCAUGCACGGAAUGUCACCCAUCUAGACAUUUUCCUAUCGGAUCAGGACACAGUCGACCGUGCCCUAAGGAUAUUCGGCGAUCAGCUAGUCAGUUUGAAGCUCACUCGUCUGGUGGAACUUCGUAGCCAGGCCUUCCCAAUUGACCUAUUCCGCAAUGUGGUUGCGCCCGUACGAUAUCUUGAAAUUGCGGACCUCACACUCAUGGUUCCUUAUGUGGCGCCUUCCCAAACGAUCGACUAUUCGUACAUAAAUCAGCCAGGGGUCAAGUUGCAGCGCUUUAUAUGGAUGCCCGACUGGGUACAUCCGCACCAUACCGACAGCCCGUUCAUGACAAUUGAAGAACGUCAGGCCGCUGCUCGCCGUUUCGCGCAGGGAAUUUUAGAGGCUUGCAAAGACUCAAUCCAGGAAUUUAUCUACCUACAGGACUGUCACUCAUACAUACAGUGCUCGCUGGAUGAGAAUGGUCAGCUUGUUGAGACGGAGAGGCCGGAAGCCACGAUCGAGAAAUGCACAAGUCGGAAGUUCUCAAAGGCGAAGGACAAUCCGUUCGUCACCCUCGUCAACUCUCGCGACCGAUCGACCAUGUCGUCGUCCACAUUCUUCAAAGCAGGAGAUGGAAGCUCUCUCCACUACGAAACCUCUUUGCCCCCAGCGUCGGCUACAUCAUCGAAACCUACGCUUGUAUUGUUGCACUACUGGGGUGGUUCGAUCCGCACGUGGCACAAGGUCAUCGCUCCCUUGAAGUCUACUUACCCAAUACUCGCCGUCGAUUUACCCGGAUGGGGCGCAUCAUCUCUCCCCGGCGGGGAAGAUGUCAAGCUUACUAUAGCAUCCACGGCGAAGUCGAUUAUGACGCUUCUCAUGAGCUUACCUUACGAAUUCAGCGCACUCGGAUUUGUACUCACUGGUCAUUCCAUGGGCUCAAAAGUCUGCAUGGCGCUUCUUGAGGCCGCCCACGACGCGGGGCAACCCCUGACAAUCAGAGGCAUGGUCCUUAUCGCGCCAGCGCCACCGUCCCCUCUCGUUCUUCCACUGGAGAUGCGCGAACAGCAAAAACACGCGUACGACUCCCCCGAAUCCGCUGAGUGGACUGUGAGCAAUGUGUUGGCGCGUCGGGAGAACCUGUCCGACGAGGAAUUGGCUCUCAUUGUCGGAGAUAGCGUGCGAGCGGCCAAGGUAGCGAAGGAGGCUUGGCCAUUGUACGGAAUGGCCGAGUGUAUUGAUGUGCCGCAAGGUUCCGCGAUGGACGUCGUGGUUCUAGCCGGAGCGAUGGACAUUGUUGAGACGAAGGAGAGAGUCAAGGCGGAGGUCGUCGAUGUGUUGCUGAAUAAAGGCUAUGUGGUCAAGUUUCGUCUGGUGGAGAAUGUAAAACAUUUGAUCCCCCUGGAGGAUCCAGAAGCGAUUGUUAACGAUAUUCGUACAUACUUUUAG